CACUUAACUCAUAGCAUUGUGCUUCAUACUAUCUGUGGGCGUCUGCAGCAUUUCUGUGGAGAGGAAUCUGUGUGGAUUUGACACGGGAUUUCUAAGGGAUUGUGGUAAUCUUCUACGCAUAUGAAUGACAUGCACAGAUCAAUACUCAAGAGCCCUGAUCCCAGUCACUGUUUGGGUCUGUCUCCAUGCAACACCCCUACGACUCAUUCUACAGAUUCCAGUAAAGAUUUUCCUGGUGUGCCCUCGAAAUGAAUGAUCUCAUAGAUUAUGCCAUUGCAAUUAAACUCUCUGCUUCUAUUGUAAAUAUCUUAUAUAUGUGUGACACUGCAGGCACUUUUUAGCAUACAUGGAAGUAGGAUAUAAAAUUUGAUCUGUUUAACAAUGGAGCUUGUCUUAAAUGUCCUGGAAAGACGGGUCUAUUAUUCAUAUAAAACAAAAGGCAACAAAUAGGCAUAGAUGUUAGAAGCUCAAAGGAUUUAGCAUCUAUCUCAUACAUCAACAACUAAAAAUGGCCCCAGUAAGCUAUGACCAACUGAUGGAGAACAAUGGCUUACUAAAAAUAGAGACAAAAAGUGCUUGAAGCCAUAGGAAAACAUGACUAGCACUAUAUAAACUCAAGUCCUUGAAAGCCUAAGCCAUUUGAAAGGUAAGAGGAUGCUGAGAACUAUGCGCUUUGAGAACCUCUGUUCCACCGUGCAGCUGAAUGGAUGGCAGGCUCUGCUGGAUGAUAAUUGUGAGUUAGGACAGGAUCAUUGGGAAAGAGCUCAUUUACGCUCCUUAUGGCUCUAUAGAGCUGUAGUGAAGGGAGACACAAGAGGGCUUCGUAACCUUCUUAAAAGGAACUAUAUUGAUGUUGAUGUGUUUUACAAUGUGAGCUGUGAGGAACUUGAGUGGCGAGCUCACACAGACACCACCUUUGGACCCUCAGGUCUUUGGUCUUUGGAGUAUAAAAGAGAACUGACAAGCCCACUGUGUAUUGCUGCUGCACAAGGUUUCGCUGAAUGUCUGCAAUAUUUACUGGAACACGGUUCACACCCCAACCUUAUUGCAGGAGGAAAAGCGGCACUUCAUGAGGCCUGUGUAAACGCCAACACUGAAUGUGUAGAGCUGCUGCUGGAACAUGGGGCCAAUCCUAACCAGAUGACAGACGAGGGACUGACUGCCUUACAUAUCUGCAGAACACCACAAUCACUACGUUGUGCAAAAGCCUUGCUGAGAUAUGGUGCCAAAGUGAACUUAUCCAGUGAAGAAGAGGAUGAAUCACCACUGCAUGUGGCAGCUAGAUAUGGUCUGCCCCACCAUGCACAGCUGUACCUACAAUUCGGAGCCUGUGUGAACCAUAGUAGCUCUUCAGGUGAAACGCCACUUGGUGCUGUUUGUGGAGUCCCCCAAGAAAAGACAGUCGACAGCCAAGAUGAAGGAUACCUCGAGAUCUGUCGUCUCCUUCUGGCCUAUGGAGCUAACAUUAAUUUGGCUGAUAAACAGCGACGCAGUCCUCUACACAAGGCAGCCCGCAAUGUUCAGCUUAAGUUUGUGGAGCUUCUCUUGGACCAUGGGGCUGAUAUCAAUGCCAUUGACUAUAACGGAUGCUCCCCAUUAUCUAGUGUUCUACAGAGUUCUGUGGUUCGGCAAGAGUGGGAACCUCACAGGGUUGUUCAGACCUUGUUAAAUCGUGGCUCUAUUAAAGUCUGGCCACAAGCACUGCUGAAGGUAAUCACUGAUAACACUGAGAUAAUAGUCCUAGAUUUAUUCUAUACAUUACCAAUAUACAACUUACGCAAUAUACAACUUCUUAUUUCAUGA